AUGAUUGAAUAUAUCCCUUUAUUGAUGAUAUUUUCAACUUUAUAUGGAUCAAAAUGUCAAAAUCACCAGUCAAACAUUACUAAAUAUAUUUCAGAACAUUAUAUGGAGAAUAAUACAAUUAUGAUUAAUGGUAUUCUUAUGGGUAUCGGUUUAUUUAUUGGUAUUUUAACGGUAACAGUUUUAUUCAUCUAUUGUUGUAAACCUGACAGUUUAAAUAAUAGUUUGAGUAGAAUAAAAGUAUUACAUUCAAAUUAUGAUGACGCUAAUAUAUGGUCAGCAAAUUUCGAAAUAGAAGAAAUUCAAGAAGAUAACCAGAUGAAAAGUUUCAGUGAUACAGAAUAUACUACUGAAGACGUCACCAUGAAUAUAUCUACGGUAGAUAUUAGUUCCCUUCUGGAUGAUAACUCGAUGGUCAACUUAAAUAAACAUAUUUCAUAUGACAGUAACCUUCAGGAUACAUCACACCAAUGUAAAAAAGGAAUGAUAGAUUGA